UCUUCAGGUUAGCUAACGGGUACAUGUCUAGCUGCGAGAAAUUCUCCAUCAAUAGUAAAUUAACAAUAGGUUUGUAACGGGGUCUGGCAUUGUAGUGACUUAAUACACUGGUCGUUGCAGUCAUUUAAUCUGACACGUAAAUUACAAACUGGGAGCAACGGCUAUCUCUGAUCCUGAUGGGGCUGUCAGGUUAACUCAAGUUACUGGCACAGUGCACCCACAGGGGUCACUGUCAACCAGCAGCUACACUCUCCAAGGCCUGGUUUUCUACGUUACUUAUGAAUAUACGUAUAAACUAGAGACCAGCUGUUUACUUAUUUAUUGUACUUCCUCUUUAUGUUGCACUGUUCCUUUGCGGAUGUAACGCUGCACAUUUCCCUGGUGUGGGACUAGUAAAGGAUUAUUGUAUCUUGUGCUGUGAUCACAGCAGCCGCGACGCCAAAUGGGACCAUGGGCGUAAACCUCUCCAAACUUAAACCAGUUCAAAAUGCUGCAGCAAGACUACAAUAAAACUCCCACGUGAUGCCUAUUUUUAGCACAUCUACACUGAUUACCUGUAUGUUAGAAUUUAUUUGUAUUUUUAUUUUAUGUAAUGAUUACUUUUAAAGCACGUUUGGGGCUGGCUCACUGACCUACUAACUCCUUACAAACCUGAAUGCAGCCUGAGAUCCUCUGGCAGAGGUCUGUUAGUAAAUCCUAGGUCAAGGCAAAAAGCAGAGGAGACUGAGCCAUUCAGGGCCCCACAACUCUGGAACCACCUGCCGGAUGAGAUCAGGUAAAGAUCGCAUCAUCUUUGUGACCAAGGAGGACCAUGAGGCUCCCAGCAACGCUGAGCUCAUUGCAGAUGAUCCCAAUGAUCCUUAUGAGGAUCAGGGUCUGAUCUUGGCAAAUGGAGAUAUCAACUGGAACUGCCCGUGCCUUGGCGGCAUGGCCAGCGGGCCGUGCGGCUCUCAGUUCAAGGAGGCCUUUUCCUGCUUCCACUACAGUAAGGAAGAGGUGAAGGGGUCAGAGUGCAUCGAUAACUUCCGCAACAUGCAAGAGUGCAUGCAGAGGUACCCUGAGCUCUACCCUCAGGAGGAAGAUAAAGAAAGCUCUUCCCAAGCGGAGUCCGACUCUGGUUCUGUCUCCGCCGCCCCGACUGAGGGCUCUGCCUUACCCCCCGAAACUGACUCCACCCCGGCCACUUCUACGUCCGAGUCUGCAGCCUCACCUGACAGCACGUUGCCUACAGACGACCAGAGCGCCAGCUAAGGUCCAUCAGUUGUCAUCCAGGUGUCUGUGUGUGCAAGCACCGCCCACAAAACUGACUCUCCAUGAGGAGCUCUGAUUGGUCUCUCUUCCAGUGAAAGCCUACAGGCAGAGAGAGCUUACUGACAAAGCUCUGAUGCUCACGGGCAAUAUUUACAGGCCAUCAGAGAAGGACUUUGUGAAUGCAGAGGAACGUAGCACAUGUACUAAAGUAUAGGCUGCUUUGUUUGCUGAGCACUCAAAAAUCAUUGAAUAAUGUGAUUUAAUGACAGUGGGCUGAGCUGUUUGCUGCAGGGACAUCAGUUGAAAGACUCACUUUAUAUGCAAUUGCGAUUUAAUUUGCUGUGUGUUUGUUCUCAUGUCAAUCAAAGAGCCACAUAAUGUUGGCGUUCAUUAUGUGUGUUGUCCUGUUAAUGUUGACUGGCCAGGACUCACUGAGCACUGAUUUAUCACUAAUUCAGAAAUCUAAGCAGUAAUCCCUAUAUUUGUUUUGAUUUAAGCAAUGUUUCUCUUGCUCGGUUUACUUCAAUUUAACUGUUAAUCCCUUUUGCUUGCUGCAAACGCAGGUAAUUGGUAAGCAAAUAAGGCUUCUGUUCAGUGACCAUUAGGAGUUGUUUUCAAACUUCAGGGUCUCCAUCUGUUGCUGUGUGAACAAUGGUCGUCUUGUUUGUUAAUUGACACUGUAUCUGGUCUAGACCAAAGUGGUUUGUUACAUUUAAGUGUCAUUGCAUAAAUGUUUUGUUGUCUUAACACUGUCUGGACUCUCCAGUUGGAUGCUGUGGUCACCAUCAAUCAGGCCUUAAAAGACUUGAUGGGUUUUUCUCAAACGUGUCCAGAUUAAACUGAAUGUCAAACAAUUUCAACUCACAUUUUACUUUUUGUUCUUAUAAAGUCAAAGCCCUCUUAUGUCAGUGAUAUUCAUUUUCACAUGUUAAAAGUCUGAUGAAUUUUAUACAAACCUUUCUUACUAAAAUCAGCCUAAAGAUUUACAAAUUGACUCUAAUAUCCCAAACAUCAUAUUUUACAGCCUUCACUUAUCUCAUAUUUCCUGCAUAUUAGUCAUGUUAUACUUCAAAGUAAUUUAUUGAAUCUAAAUAUUUCGGUUUUAAAAUGUAUUAUAUUUAGUAUUUAUGACAAGUUAUACAUUUAUAUUUAAGAAACCCAGUUCAACGUUCAAAAACUUCCCCGUCACAUCUUUUUUGAUAUAUGACUACCUUAAUCUUUUGGACAUUGAAAAAAAGGAGCUAAAACAUUAAUUUGUUAAACUCAGAUCUUAACAAAUCCAGGUAUUCAUUUCAGUCUUUAUUUUGUGUUUCGCACUCACACAUGUGAGUACCAUUCUCCAUCAUGAGUUUGACUCGGGUCAUUUCCUCAGGAUGAGGCAGCUUGUCGUCCAGUGAUUUUCAGUCCCUUUUCUGAAUUGUCCACUGACUCAAAUUUCCUUUGGGAAAUCUUUCAAAGACCGUUCCGCCUUUUUGGAUCUAUAUUCAUGUACAUCCGUUCCUCAGACCCUCUGAUAUAAGUAGACCGAGUCGGGGUGUCCAUGGCACCACCACACUCUGCAUGGUGACCAGCAGACGGCCUGUCCCAGCCUCCUCUGGGCCUGCCAAUAGGUACUCCAUUCCUGGUUAAAAGAAAUAAAAAAGUUUGGAUGUUAA